CCGCACACCUUCACACCAGCGCGAAGAAAGCAUCUGCCAAUCAACUGCAGGAAAAAAUUAAAAAUAAAAUAAAAACGAACACAAACCUGCAUGUGCAGAUACAUGAAUGGCAAUCUGAAUGUUAGAUUUUCAUCUUGUUUGAAUGCACAGUUUGACAUUUGCAUCAAAGGAAUGCGAGAUGUCUUACAAAAUAGAAAAGCGCUGAUUACUGAGAUUAAUUUAUGAGCUGCUACACAAGGAAUAUUGACAUAUUGAUCAGGGUGAUGGCAGAAAAUCAAUCCCAGAUUAAUUCACUCUGGUCAAUGGAAUACAAAUGACGACGCUGUUUUGUUUCAUUUGCAUAUCACCUCCCUGUCGCUGACGAACUGUAACAGUGUUUGUGUGUGGCGGCUGAUGAAGUCCAGUAUAGACAGUGACAUGGGUAAAAGACUCCUACAUCCUGCGUCCCACAUGUCUCUGACAGGAGCAGGGACAGACUGAGAGGGGACGGCAAGGGCCCCGGUUGUGGACACAACAGUGUCCCGACAAACUAUUCAGAGUGACGGCAAGAGUUUCUGAAAAGUUUGAUUUCAAAUAGCUCCGUAAAUAAUUUUCAUUGCAGAUUAAACGAUGAUAUUUGAGUCGUUGUUAGUCCCAAAUGACAUCUUAAAUGUCCAAAAAGCAGUCAUAUCAAACAGAGAUAAAAGCUGCGAAUCCUCACAUUUGAGAAUAAUUCAUUUUCUGUUAACAGUCUAAUCGAUUAAUCUACUAAUCGUUUCAGGUCUGAACGGCAUCGACUCGGUUGAGCUUUUUUUGUACUCAGAUGUGUUCAAAUGUCUUACUUUUCUCAAAGAAUGGUCUUUUGUAGAGCACUGUCGUCACUAAAUUUGGUCGGCUGCCAAAUACUUUACUUGUGUUAGUCAGAUCAGUGGAAGUGAGGUACUAACAGUUGAGAGAGAGAGAGAGAGAGAGAGAGAGAGAGAGAGAGAGAGAGAGAGAGAGAGAGAGAGAGCGAGGGAGGGGGGCAGAAGCCAUGCGAGUGUCCUGCCUGCACGGAGGAGUGCUGGACUUUGGCAUGGGCCAUCCAUCUGUCACUUUCUCACACCCUGCCUGGCACCGACGGGUCAUGGCGACGGCAGCAGCCUGUGACGGAUGACUAAUCUUCCCCUGGUAAUGAAGGAGACGCCACCCCCUGAAUGCCAAAAGGGUGCUGAUGGUGAGGGUGCUGCCUCUCUGGCAACGCAAAAAAAAUCAUAUGAUGAAUGUCAUGCAAGCAUGUCAUCCCCCAUGCAUGUGCCAACCAAACACAGUGGUUGCCAGCCCAUAGUGAGCGCGGAGAAUUUUCAUGAAUCACGGUUGGAAAGCAUUGGCUACUGGUAUUUAUUCUGCAUCUUUCUCGCCUCCUUGUGUGUGUGUGUGUGUGUGUGUGUGUGUGUGUGUGUGUGUGUGUGUGGAUGAGACAGGAAAAGGAAGAGCAUAAAUGGAUCAAUAUAUGCAAAAAAAAUUGCGCAGGCUUUAAUGAUGGAAACAUGUCAUCAUGUGUAGGUGGAAUAGAAAAGGACAGGAUGAUGUGUGCACUGCUCUGUCACAUUAGUGCGCUAUGCAGCCGCAGCAGUCACAUCGUCUUGACUGUGUGUUGAGUAGCUGAGACCUGUCUUAUCUUCACCUCAUAAUGCGCAGGCGUGAUCCUAUCUGAGCCUUGCAAAAAAAAGAAAGAAGCUUUAACCAUCUGAACUAGACGUCGUGUGCGCUGCUCUUCAUGUGGCGCUCAAACGACUGCUAAACAAUAUAUACAUAUAUUAUUUUUUUUGCAGAUCGCGUGGAAAAUACAGCCGGGACAUGAAGGUUUCACUGGUAGCUGAUCUGUCCUCCGAACAACACUAUUCAACCUGUGGAUAGUGUGGAGCGCGUCUGCGGCCACCGGCCAGUUCUCCGGCUCUAUCUGGGACGCUCUGCCUCCAGCCGGCUGUCCUGUGCGCGUCUCUCUCUUCCCCUCCCCCGGUCUGCGUCGGCGUGGGAUCCGCUCUUCCGUUCGACCCGAGCCGUGAGCAGGUAUUCAGUUUAUGAAUGGCACUGACAUGGAGGAAAUACCGUUUCAGAAAGUCAAAACCAGGCGGAAGAGAAGUCACUGUCCGACGGGCGUCCCCGUGACCACCAUCGCGUGCGAGGACGAGUUCGACUGCAAGGAGCUCGAGUCCCUCUUCCAGAACUACAACCUGAAGCUGGAGCAGACGUCCACCCUCAAAGCCCUGGCCGUGCUCACCUUCCUGUCCUCGACGCUGGCUGUGGUGGAGUUGCUGUCCGGCCCCAGCCUCACCAUCUCCAAGGGGUCCCAUCCGGUCCACUGCGUCGUCUUCGUCUCCCUGUUCAUCGUGACGAACGUCAAGUACCUGCAGGUGACUCAGCUCCAGCAGAUCGUCAACCUGGCGCUGCUCUUUGGCUUCACUUUCUCCUUCCUCUGCUGCCCCUUCUCGCUGGGCGCGAUGGGCAUGGAGCCCCCGACGUCCCCGGAGCAGGGCGUGUGGCAGCUCAUCCUGGUCACCUUCGUCGCCUACGCGCUCCUACCCGUGCGGACGCUCUUGGCGGUCGUGUUUGGAAUAAUGGUCUCCAUCUCGCAUUUGAUUGUGACCGCCACUUCUGUAACGGCGAAAACGCAGAAGAUGUGGAGAACGUUGGUUGCCAACACGUUGCUGUUCACCAGUGUCAACCUGUCAGGGCUGUUUGUGCGCAUCCUGACGGAACGAGCCCAGAGGAAGGCCUUCCUGCAGGCUCGCAACUGCAUUGAAGAGAGACUCCGCAUGGAGGACGAGAACGAGAAACAGGAGCGCCUGCUAAUGAGUCUGUUGCCCAGGAACGUAGCUAUGGAGAUGAAAGAGGAUUUCCUGAAGCCCCCAGAAAGGAUCUUUCACAAAAUCUACAUCCAGCGCCACGACAAUGUCAGGUAGGAUCCUCACAUCGACAAAACACAGCCGCAGAACAAUCCCGGUUGGUAAUUAAAUCCCUCUUGGAUUCACUUAACCAACAGCCCUUUUAACUGCGGUUUUUGGGGAUACUAUGUUUUCCAGCUGAAACAGUGGAAUAAACACUGUCCCAAUGCAUUAUGGGUGCAUGCUUUAAAAAAAAAAAAAAAAAUGGAACUGAAUAAAUUGACCAAACAUGUCCUUUGGAAAGAACACUGAGGGCUACGCGAUGUAGUGUGAUCCGAUCCAACAGUGUCCUGAAACAUUAACACCGCCGCAGGCUGCAAAACUGAAAUAUUUAAUUCUUCACAGUGAAUAUGAAGGGUGAGCCCCCGACUCACUCCUUUGGUAUCAGCCCUGAUAACACGGAAUCCAAAGACGCUUUCCAUUUGUUUAAUAUCGGUGGGCAAUUUUGGUAGAGAAAUGAUUCAUGGGCAACAAGGAACUAACCCCAAAAAUGGUCAUAUUUUUUGCUGCACUAUACGGCUAAUAUAUGCCAGUGGUGCAUUUGCCAACUUCUGGGCCAUCAUAUCUUGGCAGCCCCCAGGGGAAACAAAGCUCUCGGAGUUCGGGUGCCUACUGGGGAAUAUAGAGAAAGCCAGUUUGGGCAAUGCUUAGUGAGGAGGACAUUCCUCCUCCUUAUCCAGGGUCUCUCUUUGAGAAGUUACAGAAACUCUUUUUUUCAGAAGACUGCGUCUUUCCUCCCGCCCAGACAUUUUUACCCCGUCCAGCAAACGUACCACCUGUGAGUGGACCAGCACAUUUCAUGUCUUCGUGUCGUUUGUUGCCGUCUAAUAUACAAUGUGCAGGGAAGGGUGGCAGUAUUCAGAUCCUUUACAUAGAGCCAGGCGAUAUGGCCAAAAUCCAGUAACAUUUGUAUCUGCAGUACACCUUCGAGCCACACGAGGGAGCCUGAAUGAUCGUACUGUUGUGAUAAUUGUAGCUAAUAACAUUGAAUCUAAUAUGAAAGGCGCGCAUACAUUCUGAUCGUUUUGCUGUUGACAGGAUGACCUGUGUAUGUUUUCAAUAACAUAUGCAUAAAACGAAGUUGACAUUUAUCAAACAUAUCUCUUGGAAGUGGCUGUUUUUACCGAUCCAUGAUGAUAUACGGUGAUGUGGCAAUGGCAGUAAAAAUGGCCAGGAACGUUGAUUUGCGGACAGAUUCACUCUUAGGCCUAUUGUGAGCUGGCUAGCGAUAGUUUGUCAAUAACCAAAACUUUUUAUUUUGUCAUUUGGGAAACACUGGUAUAUACUGUAUAUAUGACAUAACCUCCUGGUAAAUACUAUUACUCUUUACUCUUGCUUGAAAUAAAUACCUGCCAAAUGAAAAGGAUUUUCUCACUUUAUUAUUGAAAUUAUAAAGAAAGAAUAUUUCCAGCUAUACACCGAUUGCAUGCCAACAAACACAGAGUAAUCAGAUAAAGACGAGAGUUUGUCUUAACUUCACUGGGUUAUCAAUAUUGUUAUUAUUUGUAUUAUUACUAGAUACUAUUAUGCAAAUCUGCAGUCAGCAGUAAAGACUUGCAUUUCUAUCCCGACUCCUGCAGCUGUAGUUGGCUGUGGUUGACCUUUCAACCCGUGUGUCGGCAACAUGUUUGAAACCAUGACGUUCUCCUUUUCCAUCACCUCUCCGAAAUCUCCUUCAUGCCGCUCCAACAUCCCCUUGUUUCCUUUUGUCGUCUCCUCUUCCUCCUGUCCUCUGUGUUCUCAGAGCAGCAGGGAGGCUUGAGGAGAAGAGUUUGCUUAGCCCCAGGAUUAGGUUGCUACAGGGGAUUAAAUGCAAUGGAGACUAAAUUCUUGUUGCAUAACGGGCGUGUGUGCGCGCGGUGGUUAAAUAUGGACACAUCUCGGUGGAGCUCUGCUGAUUGCUUCUGUGCCCUGAACUCCUUCAGAUAGCACCACCCCUGUGAGAGCGAUCUACACUGGAUGCGGACAUGAUUUAUGUGAUUUGGGCGGACUGCAAUUAGAAAGUAAACAGUGUGGCGCACAAUGUACUGUUGGUUUUCUUCAUUAUGCUAUGAGACUGCAGUAUUUGAUCUGAUUAAAAUCCAGCCAUGGGGAUAUUGCAGUAAUCACUCAUGAAAAAAAGAGAAAAGAAUACGACUCCAAAGUAACAAACCUGAAGUUUAUUUAACACGAUGUGUGGGAGAUUAUAGCUCCAUGUUGACACACACUUUCAUUCUUUUGACGGUUGUAGUACAGUAACUGAUGUGAUAGACUGAUCCUGAGCUGAGAACAACAGGGAUUACCGUACGGGAAGACAUUUAUUGACAGUAUUUCAUUCUGAAUUGUUUCCUAGUUUAUCAAGUCACGUCUUAUAAAUUGCUUAUUUAUAUUAUUAAUAAUGUGAAAAUGGAGAUGAAUGAUGAGCCUGCACCUUUCAAUAUCACAUCUCUCUUUUAAUCAAAGACCUUUCAGGCUUAUCAUCACUUAUAUCAUUUAAUACGACAGGCAUCUUCACCACUCUUCCUUUUGUAAUUUACAAGCACUUCCACCGUGUCUAUUUGUAAUAUUUCAUUCCACUACCACACAUAUAUAGCAAAUACGCACAGGUGAAGACAUUCCCACCAAUGAAGGCAUUCCCAUUACAAAAUAGAUGUAUUGUUUGCAAAGAAGUUUCACUUCAUCCUUCUAAAUUUUGUUGUAAGCA